AUGCACCCCGAUCACUCCCGCCCUUCCCAGAGGAGGCGGCCAGAUCUCACUAUCAACACAUCACGGGCUACAGCCAAAUCCACAGGAUCUGUCCCCCCGUCGCCGCCAACCCGAAAAGCCGCAGUUUCUGGCGCCAGGGGUGGCAGUCCCAAUUUCGCCUCUACCGCGACGGCAGCCACUGCUACUGCCGCUGCCACGACUGCCCCGACGCGUGCUAUUACCGCCCGAAGAAGCAGUCACGCGCCAAAGCCGGCCUCGUCAGACGCCACAGCGGCCGAAAGCGGGACCUAUCACGAUUACCACCCACACGUCAACAUGGCUGCCAGCAGAGAGAAUGGCCGGACCACGGCUGACAUGCCCCAUAUGCCGGGACAGCGCGAUUCGCACGACCUUUCGCUGCCGUCGCGCCACGUCCGCGACUCGCUCGUGUCCAACAUGCUGCUCUCGCUCGACCAGUUUUCCAUGGGACAGCUGGGCGACCCAUUGAGCUCUGCCGGUCCGUCGCGCACUGGCAAUUCGUUUGACGACCGCCUCUACUCCAUCUCCACCUCGGGCACCGGGGAGGAUCUGUCCAGGAUCAACACGAUUCCACCGUCUGUUGCGCGUGGGGCCGCCCGCCACGGCUACUCGUACAGCUCCGACUACGAGGUCGCCGAUGACGCUAGCCGUGUUUCCGGCAGCAUCCAUUCACGAGGCCAUCGCAGCAACAGCAGCUCGGGCUUCCAGUCCAGCCUAGGCCGCAUCAAUAGCAUGCGCGAAUCGCUGCAUCGCGGCAGCCAGCCGGGCACGCCCCGGAUGAUGCACUCACGGGGAGGCAAGGCUAGCAAGAGCAGUAGCACCAAUAGCAUCGAUGCCGGCGGCUAUGUGCAGGUGUUGGGCAGCCAGCGCUGGGCUCACGGCUUCGGUCGCCGCUCGUCCAGUUUCGACAUGGGCCAGCAGCGGCCAGCCCGCAGCAUGUUGGGCAAUGGUCCUCCGCCGAGCUUGAUUCCGGGCUCGGGCCCCAUUGAAGGCUCUUCCUCCGGCGGCGGCGGUGUCAGUGGCCUACAGCCAUGGCAUAUUGACUUCUCCAAUGCCUUUUUCAACGAGAACUACGACGAUGCCGCUCCGACACCAACUGUUCCUGGCGGUCCUCGCAAGCUCAACUCCGUGCCGUCCAUGCCUUCGAUACCGUUCUACCAAUCCGCCUCGAGCGACUCAAUGGGCGACCCGCGAGCCUCGAUGCGACCACCUGAGCGCCGACGUAGUGUGCGGUCGUCAAAAAGUGCCACCGUUGGCCGCCAGCCCCCAGCGAAAUUCGCCUCUACCGCUCCGCCGCUCCCCGUCUACGAUAUCGAUUCGGCGCCGGCACCACACAUUGGCUACGAGAAGACCAAGGACGCCGCGUCCCCUGCCAUGACUCCUGCCCAGCAGCAAUUGCUGCAGCAGCAGCAACAACAGCAACAACAACAAUAUUUGCAGUUACAGCAGCAACAGCAGCAACAACAACAGCAUCAAAAGCCUGGGUUCUUCAGGAGAGUAUUUGGCUCUUUCCGCGAUACCGUCGCCGGCUCCGAGCAGAGCUCUUCUAAUACAGCCGCCCCAGCCAACUCGGCCAACUCAGCCUUUGCUCUUAUGACAGCCGAAGCCGCAGGCAGUCGGGUUCCGGCCGGCAAGUCGCAAAGCACACCGCCAUCGCGCGACAGCCACCAUUCGACACAUGCAACGAUACAGAAAAAGCCGUCCGGCUUCUUCCGACGGCGAAAGAAGAGCGUCUCGGAAAUCGAUGGCCCGCCCCCGCUACCAGCUGCCUUUGUGCAGCAAGCAAGCCCACAGCCACCCCCUCCACCACCCCCAUCUAAGACGCAACCGGCAGUCCCACCGGCCCCGCCACUGAAGCCCCCCGCAUUGCGGGACGACCGUCUGCUUGACGGCCAGGCUGACAGCCCUGCCACGAGUCUGCGCCGGGCUAUGAGCCCUUACUUGAAAUACAGCUCGUCCUUCCCGAACACGUUGGCGGGAAAGACUGGCAGCCCUCUGAUGUUGCAGAGCGACGAUCUGUACGACGCAGAGCCGGAGCAGACAGCCGCCCAGGGCGCAGAGGCGGACGAUAUGGCGGCGCGUGCCGUGAGAGGCUUUUCGCCUGACUAUGAACCAUCCCCGGACGCGACGAUCCGGUCAGUCGAGCCCGAGCCGACUGAUCCUCACCACCGUCUGGCUACGCCGUUGCGGGAGCAACCAAAUGCGCCUCACCCGGCGCGGUCGGGCUCUUUCCUGAGCGACAACAGCGACGACGAGGACAGCCCUCGCCGUGUUGCGAAGAAGACGCUGGCGGAACAAGGAGUGAAGAAGCGGGGCAGUCGAAGCUCACUGGUGGCGUCGAUCAUGGGCGAUUUCAGUCUUUUGUCUCCGACGACAGCACACCAACGCAGCAAGGAGCGUACCGGCAGCAGGGCGACACAGGACGACGCCGAGUCGCGUGGCUCCCGCCUGAGCCUUCCGGUCGAAGGGCCGAUUGCGCCCCGUAGCAGCACACGUGGCUCGGACACGGCAAUUCCACGCAUGCCGAGCCUGCAGUUCGAUGCACCACCCAAGAGCAAGCCCGUUCCUGCACCCAUCGCCACUGGAACGGCCAAGGAGCUGAUUGACGAGCCGGAGUUUGUCAUUGGCGACCCGACCGAAGACGACCGGAACAAGGCGUUGAACAUCUUUGAGGGCAACGAAGACUUCAUCCAGAGGGGAAAGGCUGCGGCUUGGAUGGGCGAGGAGGGACCGGUGCGCCAGCGAACGCUACAGGCCUACAUGGACCUGUACAACUUCCAGAACCAGAGCAUCGUUAAGGCUCUGCGCGAAGUCUGCCGACGGCUGAUCCUGCGCGCCGAAACGCAACAGGUUGACCGCAUCCUGGUGUCGUUUUCGAAGAGAUGGUGUACCUGCAACCCCAAUCAUGGCUUCAAGUCCAUGGAUGUUGUCCACACGGCCUGCUACUCAAUCAUGCUUUUGAACACGGAUCUGCAUAUGGCGGACAUCGAGUCGAAAAUGACCAAAAGCCAGUUCAUCAAAAACACAAUGACCUCUAUCCGGCAAACGGCGGGAGAAUGCUCGCCCACGGUGUCGAAGCGGCCGAGUAUCUUGCCUGGCAGAGGCUCUGCCUUCUCGAGCAGCAAUGAGGGGAGCGGCAAGCAGUCGGCCAUGAGCCAAGCGAAAGAGUACACAACCGGCUUGGGGCUGUCGGCGUCCUCCUUCCUGCCGCCGCGGUCGGGAUCGUCGCAGGGCCACCACCACGAUGAGAUUGGUCCGUUGAUCAGCACUCCGUUUGACGGCACGAUGCACGCAUGGGAGGCCCAGAUGGAGCUUGUGUUGAGGGAUAUUUACUCGUCCAUCCGCGACGAGCGGCUGCCCCUGUUCGGAGCGGAUAACAGCCAGGCAAGCAACCAGAACGGGCUGUCGGUCAAAGGCAUGUUGAAGCGUACGCCGAGCGUGCUGAGCAAGACGCCGUCGGAGAGCCAAAUGUCGACGCGCGGGCGAGUGACAGACCAGAAUGGGCGGGCCAGCUCGUCCCGCUGGACGUCCAAGAGCCGGUCGAGGGCGCGGGUGACGACAAGCAGCGGCGGCAACAACGGAUUCAACUCGAGCCGGACGAGCUUUGACGAUGCGAACUCGAUGUGGAGUCCGACGGCGUCGUCAGCGACGUGGAGCCGGCAGUCACUGGGUCGGACACAGGCGUCGAUGUCUAUGGAAUCGUUCAAUUCGUCGUGGGGCCGGGGAGACUACCAGCAGUCGAUCGGGUUUGCCAACGCUCUCAGCCAGGCGAUCAUCCGGGAAGACGGGCUGAGCGCGGGCGACGAGCAGUCGGUGCACCAGAAGGACCACCCGCUGCUGGAUGACGAAUCGCUGGAGCUAGCAGGGCCACCAUGGGUGAAGGAGGGGCUGGUGGUGCACAAGCAUCACCUAGGCGGGACGGACAAGAAGGCCAAGGACCGGACGUGGAACGAGGUUUUUGUGGUGGUGCAGAAGGGCCAGAUCAGCCUCUUUUCCUUUACGCCGAACAAGUCGAUGCGCAGCAAGAACCGCGGCCGCGGCAAUGGGGCCCUGGCGCCGGGAGCCGUCGUUGGCGGCGGCAACUGGCAGGACAACGCAACGAAUCUGGGGACGUUUGGGCUGAAGCAGUCGCUGGCAUCGGCGCUGCCGCCACCAGGUUACUCGCGACAGCGGCCCAACGUGUGGGCGCUGAGCCUGCCGACAGGGGCGGUGCAUCUGUUCCAAGUGGGCACGCCGGAGAUCUGCAAGGAGUUUGUGACGACGGCGAACUACUGGAGUGCACGUCUCAGCACCCAUCCGCUCGUGGGGGGCAUCUCGAACAUGGAGUUUGGCUGGAGCGAUGCGGUCGUGAACAAUUCGCUUGUCAGUGCGAUCAACCACAACGGGUCGAAUUCGGCGCUUCCAGCUCCACCGGCAAGCAGCAGCGGCGUCAGUCUCGCCGGAGGCGGCAGCAGUGGCAGCGGCCUCGGGCAUGGACUCGGGCUUGGGGCUAACAACAACAGCAGCACGGGACUUGCACAGGUUUCGCGGCCGGGAUCGGCAGCGGCUGGUCGGACAAGCCUGCAGUCACGUGGCUCGUUCCGGUCGAGCUCCUUCGACUUUGGUCACGUGCGUAACGGCUCGGCUUCGAGUGCUAACGGGACGUCAGCGCUGCAUGGCGGCGGUUCCAGCAGCCGGCACGGCAAGCUGCCGGGCGACCGGAUCCAUAUUGCGGACUGGGCGCCGCCGACACAGUCGAUGCGGCCGUCACACGCGGCCGAGGCGCAGCAGCUGCAGACGCUGCUGGCCUAUGUGAAGAGCAUCGAGGACGAGCUGCAAGUGCACAACGGGCUGCGGUCGCCGAUGCUGCUGGCCUUUUCGCCGCGCGGCCAGAACGCGCAAAAGGCCCUGGCCAAUUGGGAGCGCAAGAGCGCGUAUCUGCUGCGCGAGAUUGUCAAGUACCACACGUAUGUCGACUGUCUGUCGGAGGCGGCGCGGCGGCGUGGCGAGAUCUACCACGAGCGCGACAUUGCCCGGCGAGCUGCCCGGGGCGAAGACGGCGAGCCGACGGACGUCGAGGACGACGGCAUGGCUAGCGACGAAGACGACAGCGGGCUCGAGUCGGAAGACGAAGACUAUGCCGACCAUGCCGACGAAACGUUGCGGGCGUGA